AUUAGAGCUUGGUGGUGGUGGUAGGUACCAGUAAAGCGAGUUAGGUGAAGGUAAACGGUCAUCAAAAUUGGAGGACUUACUUGACCAAUGGCGGUUCUUGGCUUGGGCAUGGAAUCCUGCAUCACCCACUGACCCCACUCCCUCCCUCCGCACCACCAUCAACAAACCACAUUCCAUAACUUUUUCAUGCCCUUCCUUCUCACCUCCCACUUCCAUUUCCUCCCUUAAUAAACCCCUUCUUCUUCCUUCUCUCCCUCUCUAGAUUCCCUUUUCAUUUUCUGUUCCCCUCUAAAAUGGAGGCCAAGCUGCUUUUUACUUCCUUCCCUGCAACCUCUGCGGCUCGUCUCUCCAAGCUCUCCACACCCACCUGCGUUUUUGCCUCCUAUGGUGGGAAGAAUCGUGGGUUGUUGCCUCGCCAUUUGAGUUUGCCUCAUGGAGCUGCCCUUAAUUCUGUUCAAGCCUCUGUGGCGUCUGUUGGACCAUCACCAAAAUCAAGGGUGGACAUCAGUGAGAACUUGACCUUAGAGGCAAUAAGAUCCUCAUUAAUCUCUCAGGAGGACAGCAUUAUCUUUAGUCUUUUAGGGAGAGCUCAGUACUGUUAUAAUGGAGAUACCUAUGACCCCAAUGCUUUCUCCAUGGAUGGCUUCACUGGCUCUUUAGUGGAGUUCUUGGUCAUGGAAACUGAAAAGCUGCAUGCCCAGGUGGGAAGAUACAAGAGCCCUGAUGAACAUCCUUUCUUCCCCAACGACCUACCUGCUCCAUUGUUGCCUCCGCUUCAGUAUCCACAGGUACUACAUCCUCCGGCAGAUUCCAUUAAUAUAAACAGCAAAGUAUGGAGCAUGUACUUCAGGGAUCUGAUACCAAGAUUAGUGAAGGAAGGAGACGAUAGCAAUUAUGGAUCUACUGCUGUUUGUGACACCAUUUGCUUGCAGGCUCUAUCAAAGAGAAUCCAUUAUGGAAAGUUCGUAGCAGAAGCUAAGUUUCGAGAAUCGCCCGAUGCGUACAAGGCUGCAAUAAGGAAGCAAGACAAAGAGAAACUGAUGGAGAUGCUGACAUUCCCGAUCGUCGAGGAGGCGGUAAAAAGGAGAGUCGAAACGAAAGCGAAAACAUUCGGGCAAGAGGUUCCUGUAAACAUAGAGGAAACACAUGCUGCUCCAGUUUACAAAAUAGAACCCAGUUUGGUUGCUGAACUGUAUGGAGAAUGGAUCAUGCCAUUAACAAAGGAAGUUCAAGUUCAAUACUUGUUGAGAAGAUUAGAUUGAUUUGCAGUUAAUCUUCAGACUCGAUGCUUAAAAAGCUUAAUAAUAGAUGAAGUUGGAAUUUUCUUAUAA